AUGGAAGCAUCGUCUGAAAAAAGGCAAGAAGAGAAGGCUGCACCUGUUGAGGACACAAAAGAAGCACUGACUCCAGUUUCUGGAGAAAACCCAGAGGAAUCAGAGACUAAGGAGGUUGAAGAUGCUCAGAAAGAGAGUGAAAACGAUCAUGAACCCCAGGAAGACGUUGAAGCGAAACUUGAAGAAGCUCCCGAACAAGAAAAUGGCGCAUCUUCUGACAAACAGGAAUCAACGGUUACUGAGGAAGAGCCUAAAGAAAACGGAGCCACUGCAACAGAAGAGGAUUCCAAGACAUUGGAAAACAAACAAGAGGAGUCCUCUCCAGAGUCGAACGAAGAUCAAUCGACGGAGAAGCAAGAGUCUGAAGGUACUGCCAAGUCAGCCGCUAAAAAUGCCGCGAAGCAGAAGAGCGGGGAAAAGCAAAAUGUUGAAUACAAAUCUGGCAUGCGUGUUUUAACUAAGCUCGCCGGCUUCCCCUGGUGGCCUAGCAUGAUCAUUACAGAAGACAAAAUGACUUCUGUUGCUUUGAAGAGCAAGCCUAAGCGUGCUGAAAAUUAUUACCCUGUAAUUUUCUUUCCUAAUAAAGAAUACUUAUGGGCUAGUCCUGAUGCUUUAUGCCCAUUAACCGAAGAUGCAAUUUCUGAAUUCCUUGAAAAGCCUAAACCCAAAACUGCUGGUUUAAUCAAAGCUUAUAAAGUAGCUCAGGCCACUAAGAAUUUACAAGAUGUUUCUCCUCCUCCUUCUGACGUUGAAGAGUCUGAAGAGGAAUCUGAGGAGGACGAACAGGAGGAAUCUGAAGCUUCUGUCGACGAAGAAGAGGAAGAAGAAGAAUCGAAGCGGACGACUCGAACCAGUGCUAGACGAGGAGGUAAGAGAAAUACAAAAAAGACCGUGUCUUUUGAUCCUUCCUUGGAUGCUUCUCGUAGAAAACGCUCUUCUACGGAAACUGCAUCACCUAGUGCAAAGAGAACUCGAGCUUCUCCUAGAAAAGGUUCCCAGCAGGUGAAAAAGACGGUUGCUCCUGUGAAGAAGAAGGCCAAGAAAGACGAAGAAGAAGAGGAGAAAGAGGAAAAAGAAGAAAGCCCUGAAGUAAGCGAGGAAGAAGCGGCUGAACGUACUUAUAAAUCCAGGGAACAAUCUCUGUUGUUUCUUCGUCACAAAUUGCAAAGUAGUCUUUUGGCACCAAAUGCAGACUUGUCCAAGCAAAAUUACGAGAUAAUUCGUGGAUAUCUUGAGAAGCUUUCCACAUUCCAGGGAUUAGACGUUACGCUGGUCCAAAACACAAAGAUUGCAGUUGUUUUGAAGAAAAUCUAUGCUUUAACAGAGUUACCCGGAGAUCAAGAACAACCUAUAAAGGAUAUUUGCCAGGAACUUCUUGAAGAUAAAUGGAAACCCAUUAUGCAGGCCAUUUCUCAGCAAAAGCAAUCGCCAGCUGAGGCCACGUCUGAGACUCCAGAACCAAUAGCCGAACAAGCCGAGGAGGUGAAGCCUGUUGAAAAUAACGAUAAAGAAGAAAAGAAGGUAGAAACCAAAGAAUCGAAGGAAUCUUCUCAAGAUCUGAGUGAAAAGGUGGAAAGUUCACCCGAGUCUAAUGAAAAGUCAGAACAAGAAGCUUCGGAUUCAAAAGAUAUAUCCAUGACAGAUGUCUCUCCUUCUACUGAAGCAUCAGCCCCAAGUGAUUCUCAAAAGCCAACGGAGGAACAAAAAGAACCUUAA